AUGUUAAAAGUGAUUUACAUCCUCACGAUUGCCGGUUGUUUACAUUCGCCAGUGACUUUCGGCCGCGAGCAGCAGCAGCAGCAUUAUGGUGUGGACACGUCCAAUGGGCUAACAUCGACACCGUCCGGUACGGCCGAGAACGUGCGGACGGGAUCGACAAAUGGAAAGUUUAAACGGCGGAAAAAGACGGAAAAUGUGCAACAAAUCGGCUCGGAUGGUAACCCGCUGUACCGAGAUGAGGAGGACACAAUCGAACCAGGCGUGUGUCAAGUGUACACCGGUGCCACCUGUGAGUACUACCUCCGCAACCAGACUGUAUUCGUGGAACCGAACAUCACGAUGGAAAAGCUAGAAGAGCGACUGAAGGCUGCGUACGGUGUGAUCCGCGAGUCGAAGGACAUGAACGCCAACUGUCGCGUGUACGCGUUACCGAGUCUUUGCUACAGCAUCCUGCCCGUUUGCCGUACACCGGAGCUGACCAACCAUCAGUACUUCGCGAAUCGGGAUGCCGCCGAAAAGGCUCGUCGAAUAGCACCCGAAAGUCGCGGGAAAUUCAAAUCACACGAGAAAAAGAAUAACCGAAAGCAGCAACAGUCCAAGGCGCCCGUUUCUACGGCCAUGCCUGCUUCGUACGAGAGUACCCUCGGAAGAGCGUUAUUUGAGGACAUUACAAUAAACACUGCGGAACGGCUACAGGUGUACUUUGCAGGUGGCAUCACACCCAACCUCGGAGGGCGCUUUUUCGAUGGCGAAAUUGUAACGGACCACCCACUACCAUUACGGUACGGUGGAAACAGUCCAGGUGAUCGCCGUAGGCGACGGCAAGUUUCACCGCUGGACCCCCGGUUUGUACAAACGUCGGAAGAGUUACCUGUACUCUCGUACUCUUCAUCCACUGGGCCGAAGAAGUCGUAUCCGCCGACACGGAACACGGAGAACCUGCGACGUAUCUGCCGUAACGAUUGUGAGCUACUCGAGAACGAGCUUUGCCAGAAGGAGUACGCGAUCGCAAAGCGCCACCCAGCUAUUGGCCAGAAGCUACGCCUGGAAGAAUGCCAUGAUCUACCACUGCAGAAGAGUGUAGAUGGGACGAUACUGAACGGAAUUGGUGGAUUGGGUAGUUCCGGUGACAUGGAAUGCAUGCGGCUCGGCAUAGACCUGGACAUCAAGCCGGACGAUGACUGCUACUGGGAGGAUGGAGCAAGCUACCGUGGCAUCACGGAUCGCACGAAGUCAUCCAAGAUCUGUAUGCGCUGGUCGAAGCUGAUGCACACGAUGUCGGAGUUUCCACAUCUUGCCGGACACAAUUAUUGCCGGUAAGCUUCACCGUAUUUUUAUUUGAUUCUUCCACAAACAAUCUAUCUUUGCGCGUUCUUCAGCAAUCCUCCGCAUGUAGGUCCGACGGAUGCUCCCUGGUGUUACGUGGACAUGCAAAAGACGAUCGAGUACUGUGACAUCCCGAAGUGUUCGGAGCGCAUGUGGAUGUACAUCAUCAUCGGGUUUGUGGCAGUCAUUUCGCCGCUGUUCAUCGGAAUCGCCGUGUUCUGUUGCCGGAAAUAUCGCAAGCACGGCGUAUCCAACAUCCAGAAUAUCAAUCUACCAAAUGCGGAUAAAAACAUUUACGGCAACUCGCGGCUCAAUUCACCCAUCGAAAUGACGUCGCUGAUCGCAAACACAUCGUCCACGGGUGCCGCUAGCCGGAAUGCGGAGAAUGGCGGGAUUCAGGGUCUAACGACGGGUCAACCAGGUGGAGCCGGUGGCAACGCGGGCCAAUCCUCACAGUCUCGCAACAACGGAAUUUCACGCGUUCCGCAGUACACGUUGCAGGACGUUCGCUUCGUCGAGGAGCUCGGUGAGGGUGCUUUCGGAAAAGUGUACAAGGGCGAGCUGACGCAGAAGACGGGUGAGCGUAUCUUUGUGGCGGUAAAGGCGCUAAAGGAGAACGCAAGCGCGAAAACGCAGGCCGACUUCAAGCGGGAAAUUGAGCUCAUAUCGGAUCUGAAGCACGACAACAUCGUGUGCAUCCUGGGCGUGGUGUUGAAGGAGGAACCGCUCUGCAUGUUGUUCGAAUACAUGGCCCAGGGCGAUCUGCACGAGUUUCUGAUCGCGAACUCACCGAACGAGGGUAAAUCGCUCAGUCAGUUGCAAUUUCUGCUCAUCGCUCAGCAAAUAUGCGACGGAAUGGAGUACUUGGCUAGCCACCACUAUGUUCACCGGGAUUUGGCCGCUCGUAACUGUCUCGUAGGCGAUGGUUUGACGGUGAAAAUAUCUGACUUUGGGUUGUCGCGAGAUAUCUACAGCUCGGAUUACUAUCGCGUGCAAUCAAAAUCUCUUCUUCCCGUACGCUGGAUGCCGUCAGAAUCGAUCCUAUACGGCAAGUUUACGACAGAGAGUGACGUGUGGUCGUUUGGAGUAGUACUGUGGGAGAUCUACAGCUACGGCUUGCAACCGUACUAUGGAUACAGCAACCAGGAAGUUAUCAAUAUGGUGCGCGCCAGGCAGCUGCUGCCUUGUCCCGAGUCCUGUCCCAGUGCCGUCUACUCGCUGAUGGUAGAAUGCUGGCACGAACAGGCAGUACGCCGGCCUACGUUUCCUGAGAUUGGCCACAGGUUGAAGAUAUGGUACCAGGCGCAAAAGAGAAGUGAACUAAAUGAACAGUCUGGUUUCAAUCGCAAGGGCUCGAUGUUGAGCGUGAAUACGCAGCGAAUGUCUUCACAAGGUAACCUCAACGUGGCAACGCCUUCGUCCUCGUCGAGCCAUCAUUCGUUAAGCAGGGAGCGCAGCGGCGAAGGACGAUCGGAUGCAAUGCAACAACCGCAGCAACAACCACUGCUCACUCAAUCACAGCCACGCAAACAUCAUCAUCAUCAUUCACUUGAACGUGAAAAAAUUCUCCGAACGAACCAACUGCAGUACCAACAGCAGCAACAACAGCAACAACUGCAAUCUUCCCAAGCUGGACCGCAUCAUCCGGCUGCCACAAGACCUCAUCAUCAGCAUCAUCAGCAUCACCAUUCGCUUGAUCGUAGCAACAGUGGCACCGGCCGGUUGGAUGAAUCGGCCACAUCCGCCGGUGAUCAGUUCGAGACGCAGAGCAACCGUAGCUUCUACCAUAAUGCCAGUGCGAGCAGAAGCAACAAGAGCAUUCACUCGAUGCAGGAACCAUCCCAGUACCAUCAGAACGCUCACGCUCAUCCUCAUCAGCAUCAUGGGCAUGGAUCGCACGGACAGCAACCGCAACCCUUAGCAAUUGGUGCAGCUCAUCCGCAGGGUUACAAAAAUUUUAGCCUCCCGCGAAAGUCCAUCGACAGCGGACACGAGUACGGCUUGGAUGCCGCCGGAGUUGACUUAGCGAUACUGGCAGCUGGCAGUCCCGGUUAUCCGGGAGGUGGCCGACCAGUGAGCGAGAUGAAAGCUCGUCCACCGAAGGAUCCGCAUCGGCACCAUCAUCAUCACCAUCAUCACGGCUCAGGACGAAGUAGCAGAAACCGCAUCGACGCAGUAGCGGCCGUUGGUAGCUCAAUUUCAUCCCUGCCCGGAAGCGGUGAUCUUACGCCCGAUCUCGAUCGACAGGCACAAAUCAUACCAAAGAACAGCACCCAGUCGCUGGUAACGGGAAAUCAACCGGCAGCCCUACCUCCGGCUGGAAUGCCACCGAUAGGCCGAAAAUCCAGCCACAGUGGUAGCAUCCUUAGCGUUGCCAGUAGUACGAGCGAGCAGUUCGCGUCGAAUGGCAACAGUUCCUUUCAACCCGGUUUCAGCUCACCUUUACCAAUCAUGCCGUCAGUCGGGAACGGGAUCCCCGUCGGAGGAGGUAUCGGUGAUCAGGCUCUACCACCCAGCGGUCUAAUGCAGUCAUCCUACCACGAGGGAUAA